UCACACACACACACACACGCGCACUUUAAACUACCGCAGUCAAUCUGUCAACACUGCUCUGAAAACUUUGUAACCCUAGUCCUUCUCUCUCUUCCUUCCACCCUCACUAAUUAUACUCCCGCCUUCUCCUUCCGCCGCCAACCGCCCGCCGCCGCCCUCCAGAACCACUUCAUUCGUCAGCGCCUGAACUUCCAUUCCCCUAUCUCGCGUUAAUUUAUCUCCAAUCCUUCAUUUGUUGCCCUUUAAAAUUACGAAUUUUAAUAGCUGCGUAAGCUGCUUGUUUAUUCACAAGUAUGGCUAUGGGGGAGACUGAUGGCGGCGGUGAUCAAUUCGAUAAUCAGAAUGACGUUGUUGUUGAUGGCCCUCCAAAGUCGCCCUGGAAGACUCCGGCCGCUGCUUCUCGUGUGGCGGCGGCGGCGGCCGCUGAUUCGGAGUCCUGGCCCGCGCUUUCCGACGCGCAGCAGCGGGCGAAAAACAAUGGGAGUGUUGAACCCAUCCUCACCAAGUCUCCUCCGCCCGCUCAAUCUGGGGAUGAUGGUUGUGGUGGUGCUCCUCCGACGGUGCAGCCGUUUUUGCUGGUGUACCAGGCUACAUUAGAGCAGCAGAAGUUCCAUGGGCGUGGUAAUAUCAAAUCUCCCCGUAAGCCCUAUCCUAUGCACCAGAAUAAAAUCGGCCCGAAGAAUGUUCCAAAUGGGGUAACUCCACUUCAUGCGCCCUUUCCCCACCCUCCACCAGCAAUUGCCCCACCUUUUCAUGCUAUGAUGCCCAUGCCUCCCAUGGCUGCCCCUGGCUACAUUUAUCCGUUCCCUCCUGGACGGUUUGGCAGAAUUGAUAAUCAAUUGGUGAAACCUGGUAGUGAUGCUCCUUCGCCACAACCUUUUGUUCCUCCAGCAAAAGCAGGCUUUCAGCCUUCACCUCGCCCUGACUCGAAUGCUUAUGAUGCUGGAAGAAGGCCCAAGGUCAUGGAACAAGGUGGUGAAACAAAUCCUUCCUGGAAUAAUCAGUGGCCAGUUUCCACUAACCAGAACUUCCAUUCUCAACAAACCGCUGGCCCAAGACCUUUCAUAAGACCUCCGUUUUUGGGUCCAACAGGCUUCGUUGAUGGACCAGGCUUCCCAGGUCCACCAGGAGCCAUAUACUACUUUCCUGCUGCUCCUUUAGGCUAUCCCAGACCAUAUCCUCCAUAUUUGGUUCCAUAUCCUUUAAGCCCUGGAGUUCCUGUUCCAUCUUCGCCGAUCGUAGCCCUCAGAGCUAACGUUGUGAAGCAAAUUGAAUAUUAUUUCAGUGACGAGAAUCUGCAGAAUGAUCACUACUUGAUUUCCUUAAUGGAUAACCAAGGAUGGGUUCCAAUAUCAGUCAUUGCUGCCUUUAAAAGGGUUCAACGGAUGAAUGCAGAUAUACCACUUAUUCUGGAUGCCUUGCAGGCUUCGGAGACAGUUGAAGUACAGGGUGAGAGAGUAAGGAGACGCAACGAGUGGUCAAAGUGGAUUCCGGUUUCUGAUAUCAGUACUUCUUCUCUAGUACCAGAUACUGUAAAGAACGAUAAUCUCAACAAAAAUGAAAAGGACGUCCCUGAAGGAAAAGAAGAGCUCCCUUCACCAAAUGGAUUAUCUGUGGAUACCUUGGAUUUGGGUGAAGAUUCUGAUAAAAGAACUAUUAGUAACAAUUCUGAGCAAGUCAGGGACAAGGUUCUUUGCAGUGGCGAAACACCAAAAUUUGCUUCUAACAAAAGUAGUUCAAACAGGAGGAUAAAUUUCCAGCCUGUUGAUAGGAAAAAUAGUACUGAACCUUACAAUGCCCCAAAUUCCCCUGCUAUCUCACAGGGACCUAAUUUCGUGAAGUCAAUUGUUGAUAAAAAAUAUGGAAGCAAAAAGAUUCAGUCGACAUCAAAUCGUAAUGUGGAUGACUCAUACAGUGAUUUUUCAAACACAUUUAUGCUUGACGAAGAGCUGGAACUGGAGCAGGGAACAUCAAGGGAUGCUCAUCCUUCUAAUGUAGAGAGGGUUGAUGAUGAAGACGAUGAGAUCAUGGUAAAUGAUCAAGCAGUCGAUAGGCUCGUAAUUGUCACUCAGAAUACCAGGACAGCUGAUGGACAUGGUGAUGCAUCCAAAGCCAUAUCCGGUGAUCUCGCUUCUGCUAUAAAUGAUGGCCUGUACUUCUAUGAGAAGGAACUGAACUCAAAAAGAUAUCACAGAAGACGUAACAAGCCUACUAAAGGAAUCAGAGACGAGAACUCCAAACAUUCAGCUAAUGAUUCCUCCGUAAUGAAUUCGAAGGGUCUUGAUCAAUCUAUUGGAGAAAGCAGCAAAGAAGGGCCUGGAAGUUCUACUUCUCAAAGGAAGCAGCAUAAAAACAUCUCGAAACCAAACUCCUUUCAUAACCAGCGAUUAUUCCAUGGAAGCUUUAGAGCUCAUGGAAGUGGCCGUAAUUCUCUUGGCGUAGUAUCGGAAAGUCCACCUAGUGCUGCUGUUGGGUUUUUCUUUGGUUCUACACCUCCAGAGAGUCAUAGUUUGAGGACCUCCAUGUUGAGUUCUUCGCCUCGCAGCAAUCUAUUGGGAAGUAGCCCACCAGUUGGAUCAGUGCCAAAGUCGUUUCCACCAUUUCAACAUCCAAGUCAUAAACUUCUAGAGGAAAAUGGUUUCAAACAGCAGAUGUACAAGAAGUAUCACAAUCGAUGCCUUAGCGAACGAAAGAAAAUGGGCAUUGGUUGCAGUGAGGAGAUGAAUACGCUUUACAGGUUUUGGUCAUUUUUCUUAAGGGACAUGUUCGUCCCCUCCAUGUAUAACGAGUUCAAGAAGUAUGCUUUAGAAGAUGCUGCUGCUGGUUAUAAUUACGGGAUGGAGUGCCUCUUCAGGUUUUAUAGUUAUGGUUUGGAGAAGGAAUUCAGAGGAGACCUCUAUGAGGACUUUGAGCAGCUGACAGUUGACUUCUAUCGAAGAGGAGACCUUUACGGCUUGGAGAAGUACUGGGCAUUCCACCAUUAUCGUGGCAGUAAGGAACCACUAGAGAAACAUCCAGAAUUGGACAGAUUGCUCAAAGAAGAAUAUCGAAAUAUGAAAGACUUCAAGCGUGCCAAAGCUAAGAAUGCUACGGUCAAACAUGCCAAUCAUUGAGCCAUAUCACGCUUGUGCUUGUUGUGUGGGGGUGGUCUUUUUUGGAAACUGACAAUCUCAAAAUUUUGUGGGCAAGAGAAAUUUAACAGUUCUUUAGAGCAACUUGAGGAGGAGGAUGAUGAUUUUUUGUAAAUAGGUUGUCUGGACCGAGCAAGCAACUAGUCUCCGGACACACCAGAUAUGCUGUUCGACCUGGGAGAGGUUUGUACGGUCUCUCUAGUUUUCAUUUUUCAGCUUGUCAAGUGGCUUUGCCGCGUGGGUUUAUAACUUGUAUAUAAUUAAAGAAUUAAAAGCAAAAAAAAAAAAAAGAAAAAAAAAAAAAGAAAAAAAGAGAGAGAAGGCAAUAGAUAAUAAAGACGUUGUAGUUGUAUAAUGUGGCAUUUUAUGGCGAUUAAACUGUCAAGUUUUGAGAGGAUAGUUUGCUUUGAACCAAGUAUUUUGUCUGAACAUGCACUAGUUUAGACCAAGCAGUAUACUAUAAUUUACUUAACCUGUAUACUAUAAUGCACACGUGGUAGCACGCAUGAUAUAUAGCAUUUUUUAUUAUACU